AUGCUCCUUUGCCUGUACAGAGUAAAAUAUCUUGGUCACCUCUUGAUUCCUGAAGGAAUUAAGCCUAAUGAGACCAAGGUACAAGCGAUACUCACUAUGAAGGAACCAACUAAUGUCAAACAGCUCAAAACCUUAUUAAAGACCUGCACUUGGUUUCGCAAAUGUGUACAAAACUUCUCAGGGAUUGUUCACCCUCUUACUAAGCUCACCAGAAAACAUGAACCAUGGUCAUGGGGUGAAGACCAGCGCAAGGUGUUCGAUGAACUGAAGAUAAAGCUUACGUCUUCACCUAUUUUAAUACAAGUCGACUAUCUUCAAUUUUUGGUACGAACUGAUGCCAGCAAUCAUGCUCUUGGUGCAGCUCUCAUGCAGGUUCAAAGCGAGCAUCCUGACGAACGCGUAAUAGAGUACGCCAGCAGACUUUUAACACCUGCAGAACAACGAUACUCAACGACUGAGUGA